AUUCCCAGCAUGCUUUGGAACGCGUUGGCUUCCUGUGAAACAUUCAGAGGGGUAGCGUACGGUUCUCGGCGAUUUAGCGUUGACUGUAUGGCUGAUUUAGUUCUUUACUAACCUGAGCGACCAGACUCGCGCAUUCCUUAGUUUAAGACUUUUUGGUUUCCCAGAAUAACUUUACUAUUACUGAGCAAAACGGACACAUUUCUAUUUCCGGAAAGGUCCUUGCUUUUUCAAAACGAGGUCAAAAAGAUUUUGUGUGGCCCUAGUGACAUGGCACUGGUGCCUUAUAGUGACAGCGGAGUUCAAAGUCUGAAGAGAUUUCAUGAUUCCAGUGCAUCCUUUAACUUUGUGAACCACAACAUCGAGAUCAAGCAGGACUGGAAACAGCUGGGCGUUGCAGCAGUUGUCUGGGAUGCUGCCUUGGUCCUUUGCAUGUAUCUGGAAUCUGGAGGUGUCCAUUUAAAAAACAGCUCUGUGAUCGAGCUUGGUGCCGGUACAGGUCUUGUAGGGAUAGUGGCUACAUUGUUAGGUGCUCAAGUUACUAUCACAGACCGAGACCUUGCACUGGAAUUUCUUAGGGUGAAUGUGAGAGAUAACAUUCCUAAAGACAAUCUGCACAAAGUGUCUGUCAGAGCGCUGAACUGGGGCCACUCAUUGGAAGAUUUUUCCACGUAUGAUUUCAUAUUGGGAGCCGAUAUCAUUUAUUUGGAGGAAACAUUUCCAGACCUGUUGAAAACAUUCCUUCACUUGAGCUCACAGCAGUCGGUCAUUCUGUUGUCCUGUCGACUCCGCUACCAGCGAGACCGGGACUUCCUGGACAUGAUGAAGCAACAUUUUGAUAUAGCCGAAGUUUAUUAUGACAAAAAUACCGAUGUGCAUAUAUUCAGAGCUCAGCUUAAGCAAAGAAAAGAGCUUUAAAAAAAAACAAAAAAACUACAGAAUUAUUUACAAUGGUAUGUUUGUUUUCCAGUUGUUCAAAUCUUUUCCUCCAGUUUUCAGAUGUAGCUGUCAUAACAUGCAUUUUUUUAAAGAAGAAGUAAAGGUUAAAACUAAGUAAAGGCGGCCAUGCACAGGCAGAUUAAAGCUGGCGAUAUCAGUCCUUUAGACUGAUUCGGCAUCUUAUCUGCCCAUGUGUGGGGGCUCCUGACGGGUCCAACCAAUCAAUAUCAGGCCAGAUAUCGAUCGGUCAAGUUUGAUUUUUCGUACGAUCCAGUACCGCAUCGGCUACUUGAUGCGGUCCUGCGACCCAUCAGAGCGCAUGGCCCCUAUUGUGUUUUUAAUAUGCUGAAUAAACUUCAACUGUUUUAACGUACCUAUUUGGCUUCCACUGGUGCUCCGUCCUCUACGAAUUCUGCUUAAACUACUGGCUGUGGGGGAUCGCGGCCCGCGUGUAGCACACUGGAAUGCAGCUCAGUCUGUAAAUGCUCCCACUAUAAGUUUUCGUUUCUGUGACCCGUCAGAGCCCAUUCUUCGUAUCGUAAUCCGAUCGUUCGGCCCCAGGGCCGAACAUUCGGAUUCAUUCGAUAUCACCCAGCCGUUAGUGGGCAUAUCGGGUCAAGAUACGCUUGUUUGUCGACCUUGCCAAACGAGCGGAUCUUAUAGUGUAUUGCCACCUUUAGCCUAAGAAAGGUCUAUUGUGUAUACAUGGGAUUCUGUAUCUGACUUCUUUCUUUCAGCCAGGUCAUGGGUUUGAGCUCCUCUUCCUCCUCCCCUCCCUGCUGUAAUCUGAGCCCAGAGCUAUGAACGAGCAGGGAGAGACUCAGGCAGGAAUUGAUGUCACACCAAGCUAAUAUGGCAGCUGCUAUCCUAAACAAACAGACAGAGCUUCAAGAGCUGUUAACUCAGAUAAUGUAAAGCAUUCUACAGAAUAAAUAAAGCGUUCUAUCUUG